CCCCAUCCCGCCCGGGGAUCCGUUCCCUGGGAUUCCCAAGCUCCGCCCCGCGGACCCCCGGUCUUCCCCAGACCCCGGCCCUAGCGUGGCGAGAUCCCUUGCCUCCGCAGAAGCUCUGGCUCGGGAUUCGCCCCGGGCCGCAUCCUCUGCGCCUCCUCGCCGAGGAAAGCACACCCCGUUCGUUCCCGGGGCCAAGGGAUGGAUCUGCGUCCUACCCCUUUCUCCUCCUGCCUCCGGUGCCUCACCAUCAUCGCUGCAAUCGUUUGCAAAGGUCCAUCUGAGCCAGAGGCCACAGCUCUGCCAAUGAUCCUGUGAGUAUCAGGGCAUCACUGUUGCCCCUGGGGGCCCCUGUCCCAGUGUGGCCCACCUGCCGGCUCCCAGCAUGGCGUCCGACACCCCCGAGUCCCUGAUGGCCCUCUGCACCGACUUCUGCCUGCGCAACCUGGAUGGCACCUUGGGCUACCUGCUGGACAAGGAGACCCUGCGGCUGCAUCCAGACAUCUUCCUGCCCAGCGAGAUCUGUGACCGGCUCGUCAACGAAUACGUGGAGCUGGUCAAUGCCGCCUGCAACUUUGAACCGCAUGAGAGCUUCUUCAGCCUCUUCUCCGACCCCCGCAGCACCCGCCUCACCCGCAUCCACCUCCGCGAGGACCUGGUGCAAGACCAGGACCUGGAGGCCAUUCGCAAGCAGGACCUGGUGGAGCUGUACCUGACCAACUGUGAGAAGCUGUCCGCCAAGAGCCUGCAGACUCUAAGGAGCUUCAGCCACACCCUGGUAUCCCUGAGCCUCUUUGGCUGCGCGAACAUCUUCUACGAGGAGGAGAACCCCGGGGGCUGCGAAGAUGAGUGCCUUGUCAACCCCACCUGCCAGGUGCUGGUCAAGGACUUUACCUUCGAGGGCUUCAGCCGCCUGCGCUUCCUCAACCUGGGCCGCAUGAUCGACGGGGUCCCCGUGGAGUCCCUGCUGCGGCCCCUCAACUCGCUGGCUGCCUUGGACCUCUCAGGCAUCCAGACGAGCGAUGCAGCCUUCCUCACCCAGUGGAAAGACAGCCUGGUGUCCCUCGUGCUCUACAACAUGGACCUGUCGGACGACCACAUCCGUGUCAUUGUGCAGCUGCACAAGCUGCGACACCUGGACAUCUCCCGAGACCGCCUCUCCAGCUACUACAAGUUCAAGCUGACUCGCAAGGUGCUGAGCCUCUUCGUGCAGAAGCUGGGGAACCUGAUGUCCUUGGACAUCUCCGGCCACAUGAUCCUGGAGAACUGCAGCAUCUCCAGGACGGACGAGGAAGCAGGACAGACCAGCACUGAGCCUUCCAAGAGCAGCAUCAUGCCUUUCCGGGCCCUGAAGAGGCCACUGCAGUUCCUUGGGCUCUUCGAGACCUCCCUGUGCCGCCUGACGCACAUUCCGGCCUACAAAGUGAGUGGUGACAAAAACGAGGAGCAGGUGCUGAACGCCAUCGAGGCCUACACGGAGCACCGGCCGGAGAUCACCUCACGGGCCAUCAACCUGCUUUUCGACAUCGCACGCAUCGAACGCUGCAACCAACUUCUGCGGGCCCUGAAGCUGGUCAUCACGGCCCUCAAGUGCCACAAGUAUGACAAGAACAUCCAGGUGACCGGCAGCGCCGCCCUUUUCUACCUGACCAAUUCCGAGUACCGCUCAGAGCAGAGCGUCAAGCUGCGCCGGCAGGUCAUCCAGGUGGUGCUGAAUGGCAUGGAAUCCUACCAGGAGGUGACGGUCCAGCGGAACUGCUGCCUGACGCUCUGCAACUUCAGCAUCCCGGAGGAGCUGGAGUUCCAGUACCGCCGUGUCAAUGAGCUCCUGCUCAGCAUCCUCAACCCCACGCGGCAGGACGAGUCGAUCCAGCGCAUCGCCGUGCACCUGUGCAACGCCCUGGUCUGCCAGGUGGACAAUGACCACAAGGAGGCCGUGGGCAAGAUGGGCUUUGUUGUGACCAUGCUGAAGCUGAUUCAGAAGAAGCUGCUGGACAAGAUAUGUGACCAGGUGAUGGAGUUCUCCUGGAGCGCCCUGUGGAACAUCACGGACGAGACGCCCGACAACUGCGAGAUGUUCCUCAACUUCAACGGCAUGAAGCUCUUCCUGGACUGCCUGAAGGAGUUCCCGGAGAAGCAGGAGCUGCAUCGGAAUAUGCUGGGACUCUUGGGGAAUGUGGCAGAGGUGAAGGAGCUACGGCCCCAGCUAAUGACUUCCCAGUUCAUCAGUGUCUUCAGCAACCUGCUGGAGAGCAAGGCAGAUGGAAUUGAGGUUUCCUACAACGCCUGCGGCGUCCUCUCCCACAUCAUGUUUGAUGGGCCCAAGGCCUGGGGCAUCUGUGAACCCCAGCGGGAGGAGGUGGAGGAGCGCAUGUGGGCAGCCAUCCAGAGCUGGGACAUCAACUCACGGAGAAACAUCAAUUACAGGUCAUUUGAGCCAAUUCUUCGCCUCCUUCCCCAGGGCAUUUCACCUGUCAGCCAGCACUGGGCCACCUGGGCCCUCUACAACCUGGUGUCUGUCUACCCGGACAAGUACUGCCCUCUGCUGAUCAAAGAAGGCGGGAUGCCCCUCCUGAGGGACAUGAUCAAGAUGGCGACCGCGCGGCAGGAGACCAAGGAAAUGGCCCGCAAGGUUAUUGAGCACUGCAGUAACUUUAAAGAGGAGAACAUGGACACGUCCAGAUAAGGCCUCCGCCCCCAAGGCCCGCCACUGCUCUGGACCACAAGGUCGAGAGGAAGCGCGCUCAAGCCGCCCAGCUGGCAGAUCCCUACGCCCCGGGGAGCCUCCCACUGGACGAAGGGACACAGGGGAACUUUUGCACAGCCGACGCUUUUCCUUAACAUUAGUGAGAUAUAUAUAUUAUAUAUAUAUAUAUAUUAUUUUUUUUUGGUUAGGAAGUGUGAAGUUUUGUGUGUAUGAUUUCUGUACAAAAACAAAAGAAAUAACCUCCUGAGUCCUUGCAGCUUCCCUGGCCAUCCUCAAGCCCCUACUUUCAAAGCCUUCAUCGCUGCCACACUCACUCCCACCCCUGCCAGACUAAACACCUCUAACAUUGUGAGUGUCUGGCCGGUGCCCUGUAAUCUCCGACCCUGGCCUCGCUUCCCAUUCAGAGAGGCAGUGGGGCCCCCAAGAGCCCACUCCAGCCUCCUAAUCCGCCCACUGAAGCCUGAGAACGCCAUCUAGGUUCCUCAGUGCAGCUGAUGGGGUUUGGGGAUUAAAAACUAACCCCACUGGGUCUCCCCAAUGCCUUGGUGCUCCUGGCUGUGGGCCUCUGGGGUAAGGAAGUGAGCCGUACCUGCCUCGGUCCAGGCAGUCCCAGCCCCAGAGGGCCUUCAAGGCACCCAGUGGCUCUGCUGCCCUCUGGCCAGGCCUGCCUGAGGCCACGCUGCUAUGGAGGCUGCGUCCUAGUCUCCCACCAGGCCCCAGGUUGUGGAAGGCCCCAGCCCAGGGCUGGUCAGAACCCGGGCAGACACCACUGCCCCUUCCGCCAAACAUACCCGGAACCUGCGCACCCCACCACCCGCCUCUCGCCCUGGAAGCCAAUAGCUCCGGGGGCCAGGGGCUCGCUGUCUCCCCACCCCUCAUCGGCCUGCAGCCCCCACGGUGCCCAGGCACCCCACCAGCAGAACUGAGCCUGCCUCACUGGCCCCUGCCUGCCCCGUGGCCCAUAGGAGCCCACACCUUUUCUUUGGGCAGGGGGGCUCCCCACGCCAGCCUGGCGGCCACAGGCAGACACCUCCAAACCAGCAUCCACCCCCUCCUGCCUUGCCCCAAGGCUUCCCCUUGGAAACCUCUGCGUUGGGUUUCAGAGAAGUGUGUGAGACACACAAAUGUAUCUCAAAAACACCUUGUGGUCCUCCCUUGACAUCACUCCGAGUUGCUUCUCGGAGCACUGACAGCGGGGAGGAGGCCCCGUCUGGAACAAGGGGCCAGGGAGCAGAGCCAACUGCAGGUGGCCCUUAGGGGGUGGCUUUUCGUCCCUCCUUCCCUAGGCCUGUGCUUUCGAUUCUCCUGGCGUUCUGCCUCCAGACAGAACAGGCAGGAUGAGCAGCCCAGGGGAGAGAGAAGCACCCGGUCUUCUUCCCCUGGGGUCUUCCCCCCACACCCCAGCCCUGGGAAAGGCCAGCUGCCCUGUGGCCCCUCCGCUCAGCACACGGGCCCCAUCUGCCCUCCCUUCCAUGCUCACGUGGCCUGCGCCAGACCCCAGGCAGAGCUCACAUCGCAUCGCUUUACCAGCCGGGGCCCGGGUAAAUGUCUGUACUUUGGGAUGUCACAGAAAUACAUUUUUGUGCAAAGUGGAGAGA